GUAAUAAGUUCCCCGAGAAGUGUCACUGGCCCUGAGUGGGACCUCGUACGUAGCCGGUUCUCUCCCCGCUAGCGGCCUGCCCCUGCUGCUUGGCGGGCUAGGACCAGGGAAAUGUUGCAGGAGGAGUCGGAUCUCGCUCUCAUUAUUGCCCAGAUAGUCCAAAAGCUCAAGGGCUCCAAUUUGUACGCUCAGUUGGAACGGCAGGCCUGGGCCAGUCUUCAGAGACCUGAGAUUAAACUUGAAUCACUAAAAGAAGAUAUUAAGGAAUUCUUUAAAAUAUCAGGUUGGGAGAAGAAACUUCAGAAUGCUGUGUAUAGUGAACUGAGUGUGUUUCCUUUACCCAGUCAUCCUGCUGCACCUCCUGAACAUCUUAAAGAACCUUUGGUAUACAUGAGGAAAGCACAGGGAAGUUGGGAAAAAAGAAUUUUGAAGAGUUUAAAUAGUAUGUGCACUGAACUGAGUAUCCCAUUGGCACGAAAGAGGCCAGUUGGAGAACAGAAAGAACUUCUCAAUAAAUGGAAUGAAAUGGGAACUGAUGAGCCAGAUUUAAGCCUUUUCAGGCCUGUUUAUGCACCUAAGGAUUUUCUCGAGGUAUUAAUUAAUCUUCGCAACCCAAAUUAUGAAAAUGGUGAUUCUCAUAGUUUCAGGACUCAUUUGGGUUUAAUCCAAGUUCCUCUAAAAGUAAAAGACAUCCCUGAAUUGAAAGAAUUCUUUGUGGAACUUGGCUUAACUGCAGGACAACUUGGUGUAGAUGACUCUACACAAGUGCCUCCUGAACUUUUUGAAAAUGAGCAUGUACGUAUUGGGCAAAAAGUUCUAUCAGAACAAGAUAGUGCUGCUGCCCAACAGUAUAUCAGACAAGGAAGUCCCACAGCACUGAGAGCUGAAUUAUGGGCUCUCAUUUUGAAUAUUUCCAGCCAACCUGAGGAUAUCUUGUAUUAUGAGCAGCUUAAGACUAAUGUGAUACAACAUGACCUUUUGGUGGACAGUUUAAUUUAUAAAGAUGUGAAAUUGACAGCAAGCAAUGAUGAUUAUUAUUUUGUAUUUGAAGAUUAUUUAUAUCAGGUAUUACUUUGUUUCUCCCGAGAUACAUCUGUGUUGGGUCACUUUGCAUACAGCAGUGCUUCACCACCGAAAUCAUAUAUAAGAGGGAAACUAGGACUAGAAGAAUAUGCCGUCUUUUAUCCACCAAAUGGUGUAAUCCCUUUUCAUGGAUUUUCAAUGUAUGUUGCACCACUUUGUUUUCUGUACCAUGAACCUUCCAAAUUGUAUCAGAUAUUCCGUGAGAUGUAUGUGCGUUUUUUCUUCAGACUUCAUUCCAUCUCUUCUCAUCCUUCUGGUAUUGUGUCACUCUGUCUGCUGUUUGAAACUCUUCUUCAAACUUAUCUCCCCCAACUCUUUUAUCAUCUACGAGAAAUUGGGGCUCAACCACUUCGCAUAUCAUUUAAAUGGAUGGUUCGAGCUUUCUCUGGAUACUUAGCUACAGAUCAACUCUUACUUUUGUGGGAUAGAAUCCUAGGGUACAACUCUCUGGAAAUUCUUGCUGUCCUGGCAGCUGCUGUGUUUGCUUUCCGAGCAGUGAACCUGAUGGAGGUGACAUCACUGGCUGCAGCUGAAGCAGUUCUUGCUGACCUUUCUACUUUAAAAGUCAUGCCACUUCUUCAAAUUUUUCUGUUUGCUACUGUCACCUGAUCUUCUUCAAGGUCACUGACAACACAUCUAGUUUUUCAUUAGAAAGUAAUCAUGAACUAUGCAAACUCUGCAUAAAACCAAAAUUAAACUUUGCAUAUAAGCCAAUAAAGAUCAUGUUCCUCCUCAGUUAAACCUAAGUAGUUUUUCACUUUUUGAAACAAUAACUCUGCACACCACAUAUUGCAUUGCAUGCUGCUGAUUUUCAAGAGAGAAGCAAUAGAUAUAACUUCUGCUAAAUUGAGCAUACAUAGCAUAGAUAACCCUGGCUUGUAAAAGGCAUGUAACAGUAUAUGCAAUAAGAACUAAAGAUACUGUAAUAAACUUGAAUAGGUAAUGUAGCCUCUGGGACAGUUCUCUUAUGUCAGUUUGUAAAUUUAUCUCUAGAUAAUGAAUCAUUUUGUCUUAUAAAUUGCUUUUCACUCAAAGCCAGGGGUGGGGUAGCAUGUGGGAAGACUUGAAAAAGAUAAUGCUUUUAAGUAGGAAUUCAAAUGUACUUUGGUGUUUUUAACAACUUUUCUCUCAUCAGAGAUCUUCUAGAUCCCUCUCCAUUUUAUCUCUCCCUCUAUUGGGGAAGGUCAAAUACAGUUGUCUCCACCUGACAGUGUUUUAUUCAUCACUUUCUGAAAAAAGAAAACAAUAGAAUGAUCCCUUUAAAUUUCUCAACCUUCCAUCUCUUAGUUAGAAGACUUGACACUGCUGAGAUCUGUUGCCAGAUUCCAUUACUUUGGAAGUAUACAAAGAGGACACCAAAGGACUCAAUGAAGGGAGUGAAAAAUCAAAACCAUAUGCACUUUUACUGAAGCUUGGUUUAAUGAGAUUUACUUCUAGGGCAGAGCAGCUUAGCGAGACCAGAAGUAGGUAUUAUACAUUCAUUCUAGAACUGAAGACAUUAUGCAAGGCAUCAAUCUUAUUUUGGUCCUUAUUGUAAGUGGAGGGUCUUAUUUAAUGUUACUUCUUAGAGACCUAGCAUUUCUAUAAUGCAGAAUGAUAGAAUGUGAAAAAAAAUCCAAAAAUCAUUGUCUCAAUUUUAUACUCAAAUUCAAGAUGCUGAUCACUUCAAUAAAAUUCUGAAUCAAUA